AUGGACUUACAACCUGUGCACAAUUACUAUAAAGCAGUAUCGUAUAUGUGUGCGUAUUUCUCUAAAAGUGAAUCUGAAUCUUCCAGUGCAUUGAAACAAGCUUCUCACGAAAUUAAAGAUCAGAAGCUUGGUGUCAAGCAAGCAAUGUACAGAAUUGCAUCUGCUUUUUUAUGUUCUCGACAAGUAUCUGUUCAAGAAGCAGUUUACCUCUGUUUACCUGAGUUAUGGCUUCGGAAAUGUUUCCCUAAAACAACUUAUGUUAAUUCAGGUUUGCCUUCAGACCGUAUCAGAAUAUAUAAAUCAGAGGAAGAAAUAAAAGAGCUUAGUUCCGAUAGUACUGAUGUAUUUAAGCGAAGUUUGUGUGAUAGAUACAUUGACAGGCCAAAUACCACUUUUUGCAAAGGGAGAUAUGCACAAGUUGAUUCCAUGUGUCUUGCAUUGUUUGCAGCAUACUACUAUGUUGAUUACAAAAUUGAUGAAAAUGAUUCACAACCAGACAUCCUUACUGAGGAUGCUAGUCAACUUAACCAUGACUGUCAUGCACAACUUCCACCUAAAAUCACACUCAUGUCAUCGAAAGACACAAUGAAAUGUCGUAAAAUUAGACAAGUUUUGAGAUACCAUAUUCCAAAUGAAAAGUUAUUCCCUGAAAAGUAUGCCCAUCACCUGCUAUAUAUGUUUUACCCUUUUAGAAGUGAAAAUGAAUUAAUGCUGGAUAAUAGCUAUUGUAGCAAGUUAGCCUCUCCGGGUAUUCUCGCUAUUGUUAAACAAAGUAGAUUGACUUUUGAACCAGAUAAAGAAAAAAUCGACUCUGCAAUGUACAAGGUUAUAUCAGAAAUGAAUGACUUGCAAAGUACCCAGAAUGACAUUCCUGACAAUUCUACCUGUCAAAAUGAUGAGGAAGACAUGCCGCUGUCUGUGAAUCAACUUUUUGAUAUUAGUUUAAUAACCUCUCAAGCUGCCAAUGUCAGUGAUGAACACUUGUAUUUCAUGAUUCAUUCCCUGAACUCAUUGCAACACAAGGUUUUCCUGGAAAGUUAUUCGUGGGCUAAACAAUUUGUGAAAAAUAAAUUAGCCAUGAAAAAUGUUAAAAUUGAACCAGUUCGAUUGUUCAUCACAGGUGGAGCUGGUACAGGAAAGUUACAUUUGGUCCGCACAAUUCAUCAAGCAUGGGAAAAACUCUUUAACAUAGUCUCUAAUGAUAUUGAGAAGAUCAAAGUUUUACUCAUAGCUCCAACAGGUGUUGCAGCAAUUAAUAUCAAUGGCACAACAAUAAAUUCUGCCUUACGCAUUCCACCAUGCCAGUCAAAUACAUUACCGAAACUAUCUGCUCUUAAAAAAUCCACCCUACGUAACAAAUAUUUACAAUUAUUUGCUGUAAUAAUUGAUGAAAUUUCAAUGGUGUCCAAUAUACGACUGCUACAAAUUCAUCAACGUCUUUGUGAGAUAUUUGCAUGCCCUGUUCAUAUCCCAUUUGCGAACCUUAGUGUAAUUGUUGUCGGUGACCUGCUCCAACUGCCACCAAUUCGUCAACCUUUUGUUUUUAUGCCAUUUAAAAAUGAGUUCUUGAAUUUGUGUCAUCCAUGGAAACAAUUUUCUUGUUGCGAGUUGAAUGAAUGCAUGAGACAGCAAGGUGAUACAAAACUUAUUGAUUUGCUCAACAGUAUACGCAUUGGUUCAACCGAUGAUGAUCACAUUGAGUUACUUAAAUCACGGUCAGUAGAAAACCUAGCAAUACCGGACGAUGCAGUGUAUUUAUUUGCUGAAAAUGCACCGAAAGAUGAAGUCAAUCAACAAAAGUUAGAUCUUCUCCCAUCUUUAGAAAUAACAAUAAUAGCACAUGACAAACUUCCUAACCAUGUUUCUGAAGAUAGGAUUGACAGAGCACUCAAUUGUUCCACAAGCGAAGCUGGUGGGUUGUCAAGGUAUUUGAGGGUGAAAAGUCAUGCCAGAGUAAUGUUAACAACUAACAUUGAUAUAGAAGAUCGUCUUAUCAACGGUCAAAUUGGAAUGAUUGUUGAUUUCAAAUACUCUACCGCCAAUAACGUUGACAUAAUAUUUGUUAAAUUUGAUGAUCCUUUAGCAGGACUGAAAAAAAGACGCAAAAAUGUUUUUGCUCUACAGAAUGGUUUAGUACCCAUUAUUAGAACUGAAGCAAAAAUUCCAAUUAAUAAAAACUUUUCAAGUUAUAUACUCCGCUCACAAUUUCCAUUAACUUUGGCUUAUAGCUGUACCAUUCACAAAGUCCAGGGUUUGACUUUACCAAAUAUUGUAUUCUCCUUCCAGUUGCAUAAGCAAAGAUCGUUCAAUAAAGGCCAAGUAUAUGUUGCUCUCAGUCGCGUCCGCAAGCUGGACAAUAUUUUCCUAACCGGAACAAUUUCACAAAAUGCAAUCAAGACUGAUCUCACCACAUUAGCAGAAUAUGAACGUCUUCGCACGGACGCCAACUUUUUUACAAAAUGUGUCUUCACCAAUAAAUUAUAUAAUAUACAAAUCUCCGUUCUUAAUGUUAGAUCAUUGCGAAAACAUUCUAAAGAUUUUGCCCAGGAUCCCUGUCUUUCAUCAUCUGAUGUCAUUUGCUUGACAGAGACACAACUUACUUCUGAUGACUCUCUUUGUCCAAUCCAACAAACGUUUCCUCAAUACUCUCUCACAGUUUGCAAUUCUGAACACAAAUAUUCCAGUCUAGCGAUGCUUUUCAAGUCAGAUACGAUCAAAAUGACCUCUGAAUUUAAGUUAGAUGGUUUUCAUUUUACAGAAAUUAACAAACCCGCCUUGAAUUUGUCACUGACAAUACUUUUAGUGUAUAAAAAAGUCUCCCAGUCUAUCAAUGGUUUUCUGAGAGCUAUUACUUAUUUGAUUCAGUCUCAUAAACCAGACAUAAUCAGUGGAGACUUCAAUAUUAAUAUUCUUGAAGAUGGAAACAGUUAUUUCCUUGAACAGUUGGCCAAUCUUGGAUAUACUCAGCAAAUAACAAAUCCAACACACAUUUGUGGGUUAUUGCUUGACCAUCUCUAUAUCAAAAAACAAUUUCUUGAUGAAAGAAUGAUUGAUUCACAUAUUUAUAGUCUGUACUUUUCUGAUCAUGAUGCUAUUGUUUUACAAUUUUGA